AUGCAAGCAGGGUGGUUUUACUCCCCCAGUCAAAUUUCUCGCUACUUUGCCACGCGAUUGUCGAGUCUUAAACCUCCUCGGAACAAAUUGAGAAAUCCUUAUGAGAUUCUUCGAGAAUUGACUACUCACCAAUGGCUCAUGUUUGCUGCAGGCUUCAUGGGCUGGACUUGGGAUGCCUUUGAUUUUUUUACCGUGUCGAUGACAAUCACCGAGAUCUCGGCAGAUUUUGGGGUCUCAUACUCCGAUGUAUCAUGGGGUAUGACCGUGACCCUUAUGCUUCGAUCUGUCGGCGCAAUCAUUUUCGGUAUUCUGUCAGAUCGAUAUGGACGCAAAUGGCCCAUGAUAAUCAACCUCAGCUUGUUCAUAAUUCUCGAAUUGGGUUCUGGAUUCUGUACUACGCUACCCCAGUUCUUGGGAGCCCGGUCAUUAUACGGAAUCGCAAUGGGAGGUCUCUUUGGCCCAGCAGCGGCCACUGCUCUUGAGGACCUUCCAUACGAGGCCCGUGGUUUGCUCUCCGGACUGUUCGAGAUGGGUUAUGCGAUGGGUUACCUGCUUGCAGCAGCUUUCUACCGCGCCCUUGUACCAACUACAUCUCACGGCUGGCGAAGUCUGUUCUGGUUCGGUGCCGGACCUCCUGUCCUGAUCAUUAUCUUCCGACUGUGUCUACCCGAGACAAACCACUUCCAGGUGAUGAAAGCUGAGCGAGAAGCGCGGGCCCAUUCAAUCGGUAACGACCACGCCAAAGCCGCGGGAUUACGAGUCUUUGUCCGUGACGCUGGACGUGCAUUCCGGGAGAAUUGGGUUAUAUUCGUUUACUUGGUUGUGCUGAUGACAGGAUAUAACUCCUGUUCGCAUGGUAGUCAAGACUUUUACCCGACCUACCUCAAAGAUCAGGUUGGGAUGAACGCUACGAACACUACGACCAUCACUGUUGUCGGCCAGGUUGGCGCUUUGCUUGGUGGCUGUACAAUUGGCUACAUCAGUACUUUCUUUGGGCGUCGUCUGACUAUGCUGGUGGUAUGUAUCAUUGGUGGUGCUCUCAUCCCAGCCUAUACAAUGGUUCGAUCGAUGUCGCUAGUCGCCAGCGUGUUCUUUGAACAGUUCUGUGUCGGUGGAGUUUGGGGUCCAAUGCCCAUCCACUUGCUUGAGUUAUCGCCCAUCGCACUUCGGACAGUUAUGGUGGGAUUGACUUAUCAACUGGGCAACCUUGGGUCUUCUGCAUCGGCUACAAUUCAGUCUAUCAUCGGAGAGCGAUUCCCCUUACCGCCAGGAGCGCAUGGAAAGAAGAGGUUUGAUUACGGAAAAGUCAUUGCUAUUUUCAUGGGUGCUGUCUGGGCCUUUAUGUUUUUCUUCCUGUUCUGGGGACCUGAAAUGUCUCAGGAAGAAAGGGACGAGGAAGCAGAGGACUCUAUGCGUCUGGAGCGACUCAGAGCUGAGGGUGUCAGCCUGGCUGAGAUUGGACAGCAGCGGUACCUGGGUAAGGGAGUUGAUGAGGCUGUGGUGGAUCGGGGUACUGGGCCACAGGACAGUGAGAAGGCUGAGACAGCACAUGUUGAAUAA